CGCACAUCGAGUAACGAUCGAUUGAGUUUCCUCCCGUUUAACGGGAAAAGCGCGUGCUGUCAUUUCUCUGAUGCCAUGUGCGCGCGGCAGACUCCGCGGAUCUGGGCUCGCUCUGCAUGCCUGCCGGUGCGGCACGAGGCGCAGAUGAUGCUGGAUGGAGCCACGCAGCUUUUCCGCGCUGCUACUCUGUAGUAACGCAUAUGAUUCAACGACGUGUUACGUCGUUUUAAUAUUGUUCAGAACUUCAGCAUCAUUUAUAGCUACAUCUUAAUUAUCCUGCGCUUUCCCAGAAACCAGUCAGCAUCAUCUUUAGAAAAACAGUAUUCCAUGUCAUCCUGUGACUCGGCGUGGAUCCUCCCACUAGGGAUACGGACUAUUUAUACAGCGUGCAGCAUCCCGAGCCUUCUAGAGAUACGCGAAUCUGAAAAAACAGAGAAUCUGAAGAUUUUUCGUUUGGAGUGCCAGCUCUAAUUCUGGCUGCCAUUAUGCCUCUGUUAGAAGAAGGUUCUGUGCCGAGGGACUGUACUCGAACUGUGCCGGUAGUCAUCAUUGGUAACGGUCCUUCCGGUAUAUGCUUGUCGUACCUUCUGAGUGGGUAUACUCCUUAUUUAGAUCCAAUGGCUGUGCACCCAAACCCUAUUCUCUAUCGUAAACUACAGGAAGCCAAGCAGCUUCCCAUCACUGAACAGGAUUUGGAGUUUCUUUGCGAAGGUUUAGAGGGGCGUUCAGGAAACCCUGUGGCAGUGCUCUUCGACACACUCCUUCAUCCAAAUGCAGAUUUGGGCUUUGAGUUCCCUUCUGUACUGCAGUGGAGGAUGGAAAAGAAACAUAACAUUCCUCAUCUGAUCUUGGGAAAAGCUACACCUGGUGGUGCCUGGCAAGCAAUGGAAGGUUCAAUGCUGACCAUUAGUCUUGGUGUAUGGAUGGAGUUACCAGGAGUCAACUAUAAAGAUUUGACCUCAGGCAAAAGGAGGUCGGUGUCCAAUGAUCGAGCCACUCCAGAUGAGAUCUCUUCAUACUACAAAAAUUAUGUCAAGCUCAUGGGUCUCCAGAAGAACUUUGUGGACAAUACUUAUGUCACCUCUGUUCAAAAACUUCACCGCAGUCAUGAAAAAACUCUUGGAAAUGACAAGUACACUGUAAAUGGUCAGCUGAAUGGUGUGAAAAAACGGUUUGAUUAUUCCAAUAAGAACAGCACUGACAAUGGUCAGAAUGGACUGGUAAAUGGGUUUAGCAAUGAGUUACAAAAUGGAAUGGAGAAUAACAGUAGAAGUGGUGAUAUUGGGGAGGAGGAUGAAGAUAAAAGAGGCAAAGAAAGAGUGAGAGAGAGUACUGGGGUUUCCCAAGGACUUUCUCAGGGACUCUGGGAGGUCAGGGGCUACCAGCAGCUCCAAGGUGACACUCAUGUCCCAUUUAGCUUAUUUGCCGAGAAUGUUGUCUUAGCAACAGGGGCAUCUGACUCUCCAGCUCGACUGGGAGUUGAGGGGGAGGAUCUCCCUUAUGUGUUCCACAGUGUACGUGACCUUGGGGUGGCUGUCAGCUGUCAUGGUAAACUGGGCUCUUCCUCUGACCCUGUGCUAGUAGUGGGGGCGGGGCUUAGCGCAGCGGAUGCAGUGCUGUGUACCCUGAACCAUAGGGUCUCCGUGUUGCAUGCAUUCCGCAAGCGCGCUGAUGACCCGGGUCUCAUCUUCAAACAGUUGCCAAAGACACUUUACCCUGAAUAUCACAGGGUCUACCACAUGAUGUGUUCCCAAGUUUACCCAGCAUCCCCCGUUGCCAAUCCCACAUCUUCUAGUCCAUCUUUGUUCCCUGACUACACCAGCUUCCCUGAGCACUGUGUGCUCUCCUUCCAGCCUGACAUGCACUGUGUCAUGAGGGGAUCCAAUGGUGUCCUUAGAGUCUUCAAAGUCUCUAUGGUGCUAGUUCUUAUCGGGACCUAUCCAAACUUGUUUUUCUUGAAGGAGCAAGGGCAGUACCUUGGUUUGGACCCCAGUAGGCCAAUCUCCUGCAGACAGAAUCCCAUCGACAUAAACCCUUACACCUUCGAGUGCAAUGCUGAGCCUGGCCUCUUUGCCAUGGGACCCCUUGUUGGUGACAACUUUGUGCGUUUCUUAAAGGGUGGCGCUCUUGGCAUUGCUAGCUGUUUGCGCAAGAGGCUGAAACAGAGGAUUGAAAAGAACAGGAAACUGAUCACAGAGGAAGAAGGGUGUGGAAGACGGGAACGAGAAGGAAGUGGGGGCAGAGGAGGAGGAUUUGUCUAAGGCUCCAAGAGAAGGUGCCUCAUGACGAGUCCUGGAAUCCAUCUUAUUUUUAUAUGUAUGCAGUGAAUACUAAUGAAAUUACAACUUUCCUACAACUUACAAGAGAAAGUACACUUAUAAAAAUGGGCAGACGCUAGGAGAAACUUCUCUCUUCCCAAUGGUGUCUUAUGUUGACUUGCAAAAGAAGUUUAUGCUGGCCAGGAAUAAUGUGCCAAUAUGUCAGUGUCAUGGAGUGUGCUUUACCUAUUGUUUUUAAAAAUGCUGUUAGUUGCCUUAUUGUUUGUAAUUAGUAACCUGCUCUUACACUACAUCAUAGAUAGCAUAUCUUUUAGUCAUGAUUGCAGUGCCUAAAGGCCUAUACUGACAGUGUUUUGUAGCGACAAAGCAACCAAGCAUCAUUAAGAGGUGGUGUCAAAAGCAACAGACUUGCUGUUGAGAAGUGACCGUUAAGCAGAGCUAAAAGAUGCAGCAACUAUCAAUGAAAGCACAGUGAUUUGUCACGAAGUUGGAUACAGAGCAGAGUAGGAAUGCCUACUAAACACCAACAGCUCAGAAUCUUUGAUAUAAUAUCUGUCAGUGUGAACACACCAUAUGUCAAGGAGGCUUGCACUAAGCAGUAAAAGAAAGCAAUGACAAAAAGAACAGAUUGACUUAAGCCGAAGGCCUAGUUUGUAAAGAUUAUGUUGCAGUAUGCAUUUAUGUUUCUGCUGUGAAAUGCCAUUUAACGCACAAUUAAUGUAUAUAAAUAUGUACAAAAUUUCCAAAACCUUGAUGAGCUAAUAAUGAGCCAACCUUACUCUUUUAUUGUAACCUAAAACAAGUGCCAAACCUUUGAAAUACAGUACAUUUUCAUUUACACUAACCAUGGUGUUUGUCAGUCAUUCUGGUAAUUAAAUAAAAUAGAUAAACAAGAAUGUUCUGCAUUACAGAAAAUUUAGAUUAAUCCUAUGUACUAUGUUUUAGAAAUUUUUACUCCUUAAUAAGGUAUUUCACAGCACUCAAUAGUGAAAUAUAUUACUUCAUACUCUGUUGUGCCAAAUAAAUGUUUUAUUGCUUUGAAAUAUUAACCAAAAUAACUUCUGAGCU